GCAGUGCACAAUAAAGCGCUAUAUAAUUGCCUCAUUCAAAAGAUAUAUUUUUGAUUUUGGCAGAUCAGCUCCUCCCACACACCAAUCACAUCAUCUGUGAAGCUCCUCCCACAACAGUCACUUGAUCACUGAAGCUCCUCCCACAGCCAUUCACCAAUAAAUGAUAGAAUAUUCCCAUCAGUUUACAAGUGAAGACCAGCAUUAAAUCAUCAGGAAGAGCUGAAAUCUGUAAAGACUGAGUUUAUUAAAGAGGACAGCGAGAAGAUGAGAGAUCCAGAACCCUGCAGAAUCAAACACACUGAAGAUACUGAACAACAAACAGAGCUGAUGGAAGAGAACGCGGCGAGUGAAGAACUGAGUGAAGUGAAGGAGAAACAGCAUGACAAACUUGGAGAAAAACCUUUCAGUCACUCAAAGACUAAAAAGACACUUUUAAAGAAAACAAGAGCCAAGAAGUCUUUCGCCUGCACUCAGUGUGGAAAGAGUUUCCCGUACAAAAAACAUCUUGAGAUUCACAUGAGAGUUCAUACUGGAGAAAGACCGUUCACAUGUGAUCAGUGCGGGAAGAGUUACAUGCUAUCAUCACAUCUUAAGAGACACAUGAGAAUCCACACAGGAGAGAAGCCGUAUGCAUGUGAUCAGUGCGGGAAGAGUUUCUCAGAAAAACGAAGCCUUGAGAUUCACGUAAGAGUUCAUACUGGAGAGAAACCGUUCACAUGUGAUCAAUGCAGGAAGAGCUUCAGAGGAAAACGAAGUCUUCAGAUUCACAUGAGAGUUCAUACAGGAGAGAAGCUGUCCGUGUGUGUUCAGUGCGGAAAAAGUUUCACAAUAAAAAAAAAUCUUCACCGACACAUGUGGAUCCACACUGGAGAAAAGCCACACGUAUGCAAUCUAUGCGGGAAGAGCUUCACAGAUUCAUCACGUCUUAAAGUACACAUGAGGAUCCACACAGGAGAGAAGCCGUAUGCAUGUGAUCAGUGCGGGACGAGUUUCUCAGAAAAACGAAGCCUUGAGAUUCACAUAAGAGUUCAUACUGGAGGGAAGCCGUUCACAUGUGAUCAGUGCGGAAAAACAUUUUUUGUGGCAUCAGCUCUGAAGACACACUUGAAGGUUCAUGUGAAGGAGAAGCCGCAUUCAUGUUCUCAAUGUGGAAAGAGUUUUUCACGUCUUCAUUAUUUACAAGAACAUCAGAAAAUACAUACCGGUGUGAGAGAGUACAUGUGCUUUGAGUGUGAAAAGACUUUUAUUUCAGAGAGCCAUUUAAAGCGCCACCAGGUAAUUCACACUGGAGAAAAACCUUACAAGUGUUCACACUGUGACAAGAGAUUCAGUCUGUCAGCAUGUCUGAAAAGACAUGAGAGGAUCCACUCUGGAGAGAAACCGCAUGCGUGUGAUCAGUGCGGAAAAAGCUUUGCUUUUAAAAGCUACCUUAGGCUACACAUGAGGACCCAUGCAAUGAAUCAUAAAUCAUAUCACUGCUAUCCAUGCAGAGAGAGUUUCUCUCAGUUAUUUUCUUUAUUCAUUCAUACGAAAAACAAUCACGGCCUGAAAUCACGAACUACCAGAAAUUAUCUGGAAGGAGAGGACGGAAAGAACGCUAGUGAUCCAGAAUCCUGCAGAAAGAAACAUCAUGAUACUGAAGAACAAAGAGGCCUGAUGGAUGUGAACAAGAAAGCAAAAACUGAAGCCAAAAAAUCUGUCAGCUGCCCUCAGUGUAAAAAAAGAUUGACAUGCAAAUCAACCCUUAAGAAUCACAUGAGGAUCCACACUGGAGAGAAACCACACACCUGUGAUCAAUGCGGGAAGAGUUUCUCAGAUAAAGGAAACUUUAAGAGACACAUGAAGGUCCACACUGGAGAAAGACCCUUCACCUGUGAUCAGUGUGGGAAUAGUUUCCCAAGUAAACGAAACCUCCAGAAUCACAUGAGGAUCCACACCGGAGAGAGACCUUACACCUGUGACCAAUGCGGGAAGAGUUUCACUCAGGCUUCUGCUCUGAAAACACAUCUGCUCACUCAUUCUGAAGAAAGACCAUUUAACUGUGAUCAGUGUGGUGCAAAUUUCCGUUGGGCUUCAGUCCUGAAGAAACACCUGAUGGUUCACACAAAGGAGAAGACUCAUUUGUAAUAUAAGGAAGUAAUUUACUAAAAGAGCAAAAAAAAAAAAAAACUUUCAACUUUUUAAGAGAAUGUAAUAUUAUUUUUUUAACCAGUUCUUCAUUGUUUUUCUUCUGAACACCUACUU